GAGAAAGCAGUGAAUGAAGCUUAGAAAUGAGAGCUCUCUCUAUCUCUCUCUUCCCCAGCUUUGCCAUCCUGCACUUAUCUUCCUUGAGCAUCAGAAAACAGUUUUUUUAAAAGAGACCCAUUCUCUCACUUAUUUAGGGUUUUUCAAACUCCACAUUUUCUUUAAUUUAUUGUUUUCUGAAUCUGAAGUGCAUUAGAUCUCUGCAAAUCGUACUUCUCUGAUGUUGAUGACUUGAUGGUCUUGACAUAUACCCAGGUGACAUUAUUAAUGAAGAACUGAGAGUGGAUAAGAAACUUUCACUUUCCCUUAUAAAUGAAGGUUUGGAUAUGGCCAUCGGUUCUUUAUCCCAGAUUCCCAGUAUUGUGUUCUGCUUACAAGCCUUAUGAACAGUGUCCUAUUUAGGCCAAGUCGUCUUUGAUUUCUUUCUGUGCUGUGUUUGCUGCCAAGUAAUGGGUUCAUUUACGCGUGUUUCUGAAAUUGUUGAAUCUAAGGAGGAGCUGAAAUUGAUUCAUCCAUCUGGAAAAAUCCGCCAGGCAAGAACAGCUGAAAGAGACUGGAAGCCUCCUGUGUCAAAAAAGUCACAGAAUAAGUAUUUGGAGGAUGAUAUUAAUCGGCUUUUCGAGGCAAUUGACCUGCGAACGUCAAAGAGUCUGGAUUUGUCGGAUCGACCUAGAAGAGAUGCCUCGAAAAGACCGAUGAGGGGUGGUGGUGGCGGGAAUCAUUCCCCAGGAAUAGGGUUCUCUGAACCAGUCUCUCUAAAACAGGCAUUGCGAGGAUUAUGCAUUUCUCAGGCAUCGGAAAUGGCUGCUAUGAAAAGAUUAUCAAAGGCGCCCGGUUCUCCUAGUGUUUCAGAAGCUGGAAGGUUUACACACUCUUACAGGUCUAUUGAUGAUGGAAGAGGGGAAAUAUCUCCCGUGUCUGAAGAAGGCUCUUCGAGUUUUUCGUGUAGGGUGCCUCGUUUCCUUCAAGAAUCCAACUUGAGAGCAGUCCAAAGCGCACAUUCUUCUCCACGACAUUUCAUGAACCCAACCAUCAAGACUGCAGAGUCUUCUGUAUACCGAAAUGCUAGAAUAGUUCCUGGAGAAAGCACUUCAAGUUCUUCGGAGAAGGUGCCUCGAUACUGUCAAGAUUCCACGUUAAAGUCACCAAACCAAAGUGCCCUUUCUUCCCCUAGAUUGGUUGGUGAACCGACUUCUAAGAUUACAGGAUCUAUCGUCCAACAAAAGGAGAGAACCAUUUCAAGCCCCUUUGAUGAGACCAAGAUGAAGUCUCCAAAGAAAAAUAUUUCCUCUCCUCAAUUGGUUGAUAAACAAGUUACGAAAUCUAGAGACUCCAAUAGAGUGCAAUGUGAAACUGAACCUUCAUGUGCCCCUCUUGACAUUCAGUCAUUAGAAACGGUAGUGAACGAUGAAGAAACCCACACUCCAGUUCCCCUUUAUGGGGAAUUAGAGCCAGAAAAGGGGAACACUGCUCCAAUAAAGGUGACAAGAAAUCCAUCUAGAAGUGGUGGUACCUCGGUUAAAGGAGUCCAUAGAGCUGCUCCAAAACUAAAACGGAAAGGCAGAUUGCAAAGUGUGCCUUUGUCCAAUGCAGCAAAGAGCAGCAAGGAUCUCAAGUCAGCAAGAAGCACAUCUCGUGCCAUAAAACCAGCUAUUCGGAACAAAAAUAACAUUAAGAAGAAACCAAAGCAGGAAACUUUGCAAUCAUUAGACGUUUCUCAUCUCUCAGAUGAAAAUGGCAAAGAUACAGUUUCCAGUGACAAAGCUAUCUGUCAGAGGUGUCACUGUGCAUUAAAGGACGUGAAAGGCGAUUCUACCAAUCACCCGACAACUGCUAUUUCUGCAUAUGUGCCUUCUGAAGUCAGCUUGGGGACUGCAAACUGUGGUCCCAGUAAACCCGACCAAAUUGGGUAUAACUGUGACAAUAGUAGUACUCCUGUUUCAAAAUUGAACAAAACGUCAAAAUACAGGGAAGUGGACUUCUCCCAUAGCUCAAAGAGUAGUAUUGGUGACUAUAGCAGUAGCACUACUUUAAGCGAAGAGAGCAAUCUAAGUGCGCCUUGUUCUGGAAUCAGACCACACAUGUCUAAGGAUGCAAGAUGGGAGGCUAUAAACCAGGUGAAAAAGCAGCAUGGAUUCCUCGGUUUGGGUCAUUUCAAUCUACUGAAGAAGUUGGGUUGUGGAGAUAUUGGUACAGUCUAUCUUGCUGAGCUGAUAGGAACGAAUUGCUUGUUUGCGAUAAAGGUUAUGGAUAAUGAGUUUUUGGCCAGAAGGAAGAAGACACCAAGGGCACAAACUGAAAGAGAGAUCUUAAGAAUAUUGGACCAUCCUUUUCUCCCAACAUUGUAUGCACAGUUUACAUCUGAUAAUUUAUCAUGCUUAGUUAUGGAGUUUUGUCCCGGUGGGGAUCUCCAUGUCCUCCGGCAAAAGCAGCUAAACAGAUCUUUUCCUGAACCAGCAGCAAGGUUUUAUGUUGCUGAAGUCCUCCUUGCUUUAGAAUAUUUGCAUAUGAUGGGUGUGGUUUACCGUGAUUUGAAACCAGAAAACAUUAUGGUACGCGAAGAUGGUCACAUAAUGCUCACAGAUUUUGACCUGUCGCUGAGAUGUUCAGUUAACCCAACUCUUCUGAAAUCGUCCUCUUUUGCAUUGGAGCCUGCUAGGAUUUCUGGGCCAUGCGCUGGCUCCAACUGCAUUGAUCCUUUUUGUGCUGGACCAUCGUGCAAAGUUUCGUGCUUUAGUCCUAGGAUCUUACCCGCCACCACGAGAGCAAGAAAACUAAAAGCUGAAGCUGCAGCGUUCAACAGAUCAUUGCCACAGCUCGUGGUUGAGCCAGUGGAGGCUCGAUCGAACUCUUUUGUUGGCACACACGAGUACUUGGCUCCAGAGAUCAUCAAAGGGGAGGGCCACGGGAGUGCAGUUGAUUGGUGGACACUCGGGGUGUUUCUUUACGAGCUUCUCUAUGGCAGGACGCCAUUCAAAGGCGCUGGAAACGAAGAAACUUUGGCCAAUGUGGUCUUGCAGAGCCUCAGAUUCCCCGAUGGCCCCAUGGUUAGUUUCCAGGCAAGGGACUUAAUCAGAGGGCUCUUGGUGAAGGAGCCCGAGAACCGGUUAGGAUCAGAAACAGGAGCUGCUGAGAUUAAACGACACCCAUUCUUCGAAGGGCUGAACUGGGCAUUGAUACGCUGUGCCAUUCCCCCUCAGGUACCUGAUCUAUGUGAUCUCGAGGUCCCAAAUAUGGCGUUUAACGUGAAAAACAAGAAGUUCCUUGAAUGCAGUGGCACAGGAGAGCAUAUAGAAUUUGACUUGUUCUAGCAAUAAGCCAAUAAUGCUCUCUUACUGUCUGGUUAGGAAGUGGCCUUCAUGUUUAUUAUAAUGUAAAUGUUGAGAACAAGCCGGAAUUUUCACCCUUCGGAUACCAGGAAAUCAUUUGAUCCUUGAGAAAAAAUUGUAGUUAUUAUGUUUC